UAACGUUUUAUACUCAGGAGAAGCAGAUAUCUAUUAACUCUAAUCUUCCCACAUCCAGAAUUGGACAUUUUGAUUCCAAGAGGUUAUACGAGACCUUAGUUUGGAGAGAUUGACAAAGAGUACCAUCAAUAAUGAAAGUAGCAAUAAUUGGAGCUGGUGCCAGUGGUCUUGCUUCAAUUAAAUCCUGCUUAGAUGAAGGUUUAAAUCCCACGUGUUUUGAAAAGAGUGAUGACAUUGGUGGACUAUGGAGAUAUACGCCACAUAUUGAAAAUGGCCGGGCCAGCAUAUAUCAAUCAGUCGUCACUAACACCAGUAAAGAAAUGAUGUGUUUCAGUGACUUUCCAUUUCCAGAAAACUCGCCCAACUUUCUUCACAAUACUAAACUUAUGGCCUAUUACAGGGCAUAUGCAGACCAGUUUGACCUACUUAAACACAUUCAUUUCAAGACUCUGGUGUGCAGUGUAAAAAAAUGUCCUGACUUUCUCUGUACUGGCCAGUGGAAUGUUAUCAUAGAAAAGAAUGGAAAACAGGAAACAUUAAUCUUUGAUGCUGUAAUGGUCUGUUCUGGGCACCAUGAACAACCAUUUUAUCCAUUGGAAUCCUUUCCUGGCAUAAAAAGAUUUAAAGGUGAAUAUUUUCAUAGUCGACAAUACAAGAACUCACAUGGAUUUGAAGGAAAAAGAGUUCUCAUAGUAGGAAUGGGAAAUUCGGCUGCUGACAUUGCUGUUGAAAUCAGUCGAACUGCUUCUCAGGUGUUUCUCAGCACUAGAAGAGGAGCAUGGGUAAUGAGCCGUGUCUAUGACCAAGGUUUCCCUUGGGAUAUUUGUUUUGACACAAGACUUCAGAACUGGAUCAGGAAUACAAUUCCAACUCCAAUUAUUGGCUGGUUGAUAGAGAAGAAAAUUAAUACAUGGUUUGAUCAUGCAAACUUUGGUCUUCAGCCUUGUGACAGAACCCAGUUUAAAGAGCCUUUGUUUAAUGAUGAAAUUCCUAGCCGUAUAACAUGUGGGUUUGUGACAGUGAAGCCAAACGUCAAGGAAUUUAGUGAAACUGCAGUGACAUUUAAUGAUGGAACAGUUGAGGAAGACAUUCAUGUAAUCAUAUUUGCAACAGGAUAUGCAUAUUCUUUUCCAUUUCUGGAUGAGUCACUGAUCAAUAUUGAGACCAAAAAAGCAGACCUAUACAAAAAUGUCAUUCCUCCAAACCUUGAGAAACCAACAUUGGGUAUUAUAGGCCUUAUUCAACCUCUUGGUCCUAUAAUGCCAACAUCAGAACUUCAAGCUCGAUGGUUAACCAGAAUAAUCAAAGGCACAUGCAGGUACCCCUCACUGAAGGAAGUAUUGGGUGAUAUUGCAAAGAGAAAGGAAACCUUCACUAAAAGGUUUGGCACAACAAGGGAAAACCGUUUGCAGGUGGAUUUUAUUGAAUACUUAGAUGAUCUGGCUGUUGAUAUUGGAGUAAAGCCUAAUAUUUGCCAGUUGUUUCUGACAGAUCCCAUUCUAGCUCUCGAGCUGUUCUUUGGACCCUGCACACCAGUACAAUACCGUCUCACUGGCCCUGGGAAAUGGAAUCAAGCUAGAAAACAAAUCCUGACUACAAGGGAUCGUAUUGUAAAGUCAACAAAGACUCGAGUUGUCAAUAAGCAGAAUGUCACAUCUGUAUCAUUUAUCUUUCUCCUGGGUGCUUUCUGCUUCAUUGUCAUGCUGAUUUUUUUUGUGAAAUAAAAGUAACAUUAUUGUAAUUUUAUAAAAAGUAAUAAUAUAUGGUUUCCUUGGAAUGUAUAACUAAAAGGCAACCAACAGACUGCUUUCCAUUUAUUGUAUAAAUCUAAUGAUGCUUUGAUAUCUGUAUGGUCUGUUAUAUGGCUUCAAAACAGCUGAUGGUAACCAUGCUGUAUUGUCGGACUUUGAUUAUCUGUGUCCUGAUAAAAACCUGUGAGUUACCCUAAGGGGCCAACUACCUAUACAUUCACACUUACUGUU